GAUGGGGCUGCGAGCGGGCGGAGCGUCGGGCAGGGCUGCGGGGGACCGGGGGGCGCCCGAGGGGCCCGCGCCGGGCGGCAGCAUCCACUCGGGCUGCAUCGCCGCGGUGCACAACGUGCCUCUGAGCGUGCUCAUCCGGCCGCUGCCGUCCGUGCUGGACCCGGCCAAGGUGCAGAGCCUGGUGGACACGAUCCGGGAGGACCCGGACAGCGUGCCCCCCAUCGACGUCCUCUGGAUCAAAGGGGCCCGGGGGGGCGACUACUUCUACUCCUUCGGGGGCUGCCACCGCUAUGCGGCCUACCAGCAGCUGCAGCGGGAGACCAUCCCAGCCAAGCUUGUCCAGUCGACUCUCUCAGACCUGCGGGUGUACCUGGGCGCUUCCACGCCGGACUUGCAAUAGCAGCCUCCUCGGCACCUGCCACCGCUCCCAAGAGCCCAGAAGACGCGGUGGCCUCCGGUGGGCCGGGCCACACAGCGGGCGCAGGAGGGGUGCGUUCUCUCCAAGCCUCCGGGAGGCUCUGACUCUCAGCACCUGUUUGCCAGCUCUUGGACUCACAGCCGAACAGUGUGGGAGCCUCAGUUCCCUCUGUGGUCAUGGGGUCAUGGCCUCGACCUUGAGGGAUUAUUGAGAGGAUGACACGAGAAAGGAGAUGGGUUUGGAGAGCCACAUGCUGCUGGCUCCAGAUUCCCAAAGACAAGGAUCCUGCUGCAUUUUUGUCUUCAUAUAUCCUAUUUUUAUGGAAUACACUCAGCUGCAAGUAAAGGACAAACUAGCUUACAGUGGCUAGACAAAGAGAAGUUGUGUUUCCGCACAGCAUGAAUUCUGGAGACAGGUGGCUGAUGGUGUUGAUUUAACAACUCAGUAAAGGAGGGCUCACAUUUCUAUUAUCCUUUUGGCCUUUCCCUCAUGGCUUGUUACCUCAUGGUCACAGGAUGGCUGCUGUACCUCCAGGAAUCAUGUCUGUCUUCAAGGAAGAAAGGAGUGGGGGAUGAGGAAGGCCAAGCCAGCUGGACUUGUCGACCUCUCUCAUAAAGUCAAACCUUUCUCAGAGGCCUGCUUCCUGCUGUCUCUCCCUGCAUAUUUCCUUGGCCCAAACCAGCUACCGUUGCCACCUCUAGCUGCAAGGAAAGCUAAGACAGCAGGAACAGAAUUGUCAUAGUUGAGUAGACCAGUCACAUCCCAUCUCCUGGGACUGGCACGCAGCCUUCUGAAAUAAAAUUGGGAUGCCACUGCCAAGAGGGAAAUGAGGGAUCAUGCAUUAGUUAGUCAGGCUUUGCUGUGUAACAAACCAGCCCAAAACUUAGCAGCGAAAAACAAGUCAUUUACUUGCCCACGGUUCUGUGGGUUGGCCGUUUGGGCUGGGCUCAUCUGGAUGGUUCUGCUGACCUCGCCUGGGGUCAUUGUGGGGCUGCGUGCUGUCAGCUUCACUUCACUGGGGCUGGGUGGCCUCCAAUAGCCUUACUCCCUGGUCUGGCCGUUGGCGGGCUGUUGGCUGGGUGACACGCUCUCCUUCAUGUGGCCCGUCCAGCGAGUCAGCUCGGGCUUAUUCACAUGAUGGCCUCAGGGUUCCGAGAGUGAGGGGAGGAGCUGCAAGGCCCUGGCGUUUGAGCCCAGAAGUGGCACAGCAUCCCUUCUGCGCAAUUCUUGUCAUCAGGGCAAAUCGUAGGGCCGGCCCCAAUUCAAGGGGCGGGGAAACAGGCUACACCUCUUAACGGGAGAAACUGCAACGAAUUUGCAGCAGUUUUCGUCUAUCACACAUGAUUCUGCACAGGCAAAUAACAGUAUUUCCCCCUCCGUUUCUCUCUCCUUUACACAGGGCUGUGCUCCACCCAGGCUGAGGUCUCUCAGCCAUUGUCCUGGCCCCCCAGUCUAGGAGAGUUAGUGAUGGGCGUGCGGUGGCUCUCUCCACUCAAGCAGGAGCAUCUCUCAUUGUCUGCACUGGUGGGAGGGGUGGGCCCGGUGGGACACUCCGAAGGGGCUUCUGAAUUCCUAGAGUCCGGGGGGAAGGGAGAGGCAGAGCGAGGGUGCAGAGUGAGGUGGGCCCUGCCAGGGGAGCUCGGUCACUUGUGUUUUCGAGUCUCAGUGUCCCAGCUCAGUAUGGAAGACGACAGCUUUCCCACCCAUUCUGUGUCCAGGGAGAGACAACUGAGGCGACCAAUAGAAUUUGAAAGGAGCAUAGUCCCAAAUGCAAUGUGAUAUCCUGGAUUGGGUCUUGGAACAAAAAAAGGAGCAUUGGUGGAAAAGCUGGAAAUCUGAAUAAAGUCUGGAUUUCAGUUAAUGAUCAUAGAGUAGUGCUGAGGUUGGGGUAGGCUGGCUGCGGAGUAUAUGGGAACUCCCUGUGUUAUCUUUGCAGUUUUUCUGUAAAUCGAAAAUCAUUCCCAAAUAAAAGUUUAUUUGAUAGAA